UGCACUAUCCCACAAUGAACUGCGUAAAGCUCAAUAUACUUGACGUAUGUGAGUCUUAUUUAAUUUGAGGUAUUAGCCUAUUUAUUUAUUCCAGUGCACACUGAAUGUACUUAUUGUAAUUGGUCAUAAUUAUAUAUGGAGAUACAUAAACUGAAAAUCCAUGGGGUCUACAUUGUCCCCCACAGGCAACUGCUCAAAGCACAGUUUACUGUUUGUCUCUGUCUCCUGUUGUUCUGGAGUUAUUAGAACAGUUAUGUACUUUGUGCUAUGAAUGGUCACUCAGGGUGCCUGACUGUAUGUGAAUGUGAUGUGCACACGCCAAAAUCGCAACGCAAGGGAUGUGCCAGAGUUUCCAUUAACUGUAAAUGCUAUACCAACAUCUCGUUGCAGCUGAAAUAGCCAAUUUUCACAGCAUGAACCAGAAACCUUCCCAGCAGGGUGUCAGUGAGGUCAAAAAAGAGGAGCAGGAAUACCUGAUAUCUGAGGGUGGGGGAUCUACGAGCGACACCCCCCACAAGGUGAAAUGGAGUGCCAGUAGGAUGCAGAGUUGCAGGGUGUGACUGAGGAGAAGCUGACUGGUUCUCUUCUGUUGAGAAACAUGGAUGGGAGUCAUAGUAGGAGAUGCAAGCUGAGUGUGAAACCUCCAAACCCAGGUGGUAUAUCAGAGAGCUUGCAGUGUGGGCAGCAGACUGUGAACGUGACCGGCUGCAGACGUGGUCGUAAUCUGCGCAGCACACCGAAGAUACUCUACACUGAGGGAGAGGAGCCCAGAGAUGAUGAUUACCUGUAUUGUGAGGAUUGCCAGUCCUCCUUCACUGAGCAGUGUGAGGUCCAUGGACCUCCUGUCUUCAUCUCUGACUCUCCUGCAGUCAUGGGGAUCCCUGGCAGGGCCCUCCUUACCCUACCCCCUGGUUUAGAGGUUCAGACAUCCAGCAUCCCUGGAGCAGGCCAAGGGGUGUUCAGCCAGGGGCAGACUGUGCCCAGAGGAGUGCAUUACGGUCCCUAUGAAGGAGAAGUCAUGGACAAAGAGCAGGCCAUUGACAGCGGCUACUCCUGGGUGGUUUAUAAGGGCAAACAGUGUGAGACAUACAUUGACGCCAGGAGAGAAACACACUCCAACUGGAUGAGGUAUGUGAACUGUGCCCGUGAUGAGGAGGAGCAGAACCUGGUGGCCUUCCAGCACAAAGGGAACAUCUUAUAUCGCUGCUGCAAGCCCAUUGCCCCCGGGCAGGAGCUCCUGGUGUGGUAUGGGGAAGAUUAUGCCAAGGACCUGGGCAUGACCUUUGACUGCUUGUGGAGUAACAAGUGCUCUUCAGAAGCAAUGAGAGCGGUGGAAUCCUCUCAAGGAUUCCCAUGUGCUCAGUGUCCCUUCUCCUUCACAGCGGAGGUUUACCUGCAGAGACACAUCAAACGGUCUCACCCUAAAGAGUAUGUCAGACAGCUGACGGCUGGAUCUCUCAACACAAGCCAGCAUUUCACAACUUCUGCUGGCCCCAGUACUGCUCAGCCCAGUACAACCACACUCAGUACCCUGGAAGAAGCAGGUUUAGACGCUUCAAUAGCACAACAGGAAUCCCAGACUAAAAGGAUUGAUAUACAGUGCAGUCAUGAAAUACACCAACAAACUCACACAGGGCAGAGGCCCCACCAGUGCUCCCAGUGUGGGAAGACCUUUAUUCGACUAGGACACCUAAAAAUACACCAGCGGAUUCAUACAGGGGAAAGGCCCUACCACUGUUCCCAGUGUGGGAAGAGCUUCAGUCAGUCAGUAAACCUAAAGAGACACCAGCGGAUUCAUGCAGGAGAGCGACCCUACAAGUGCUCUCAGUGUGGGAAGAGCUUUGGUCAUGUUGGACACCUAAAGAGACACAAGCAAAUUCACACAGGGGAGAAGCCCUACCAGUGCACCCAGUGUAAGAAGAGUUUUAGUCAGUUAGUUAACCUAAAGACACACCAGCGUAUUCACACAGGGCAGAGGCCCUACCAGUGCUCACAGUGUGGGAAGAGCUUCAGUAAACUAGGAACCCUAAAAAGACACCAACGGAUUCAUACGGGGGAAAAACCUUACCAGUGCUCCCAGUGUGGGAAGAGCUUCAAUGAGUGUGCAUCCCUAAAGAAACAUCAACGAAUUCACACAGGGGAGAGGCCCUACCAGUGCACCCAGUGUGGGAAGAGCUUCAGUCAAUUAGUAAACCUAAAGACACACCAGCGGAUUCACACAGGAGAGCGACCCUACAAAUGUUCUCUGUGUGGGCACAGCUUCAGUGAAUUAGGAGGCCUAAAGACACACCAGCGAAUUCACACAGGGGAGAGGCCUUACCAGUGUUCCCAGUGUGGGAAGAGCUUUAGUCAUUUAGGAGACCUAAAGAAACACCAGAGGAUUCACACAGAGGAAAAACCCUAUCAUUGCUCCCAGUGUGGGAAGAACUUCAUGCAUUUAAGACCCCUAAAGACACACCAGUUGACUCACACAGGGGAGAGGCCUUAUCUGUGUUCCCAUUGUGGGAAGAACUUUAGCCGACUAGAAAACCUAAAGACACACCAGCGGAUUCACACAGGGGAGCGGCCUUACUUGUGCUCCCAGUGUGGGAUGAGCUUCCGUCGAUUAGCAAAUCUAAAGAAACACCAGCGGGUUCACACAGAGGAGCGGCCUUACCAGUGCUCCCAGUGUGGGAACAGCUUCAGUGUAUUAGGAUCCCUAAAGGGGCACCAGCGGAUUCAUAUGGGAGAGAGUGGGGUCACGCAGUAGUGCAGUGUAUUCACCUAUAAAACGCUGGAUUAGAAAUAGUUGAGAAAUCACAUUGAAUAUUAAUGAAACUCAUAAGUAAUUUUCAUAAGCUUUUAAACUGGGAUAUCUGUUAGAAGUGAUACCAGUUUAUGCUGGCGUCAACAGAUCCAGUUUGGGAAACCUUGAAAGCUGCCGCUGGCUGUAAUGAGUGAUCUUAACUAUGCUGGAAUUUUACAAUAGUGAAAUGGUAAAUAAUGCUUCAACUGGCUACCAUGUUAGAAUCAGAGCUGCUUGUCAGCUCAUAUAAUCACUUCUCAUCCACCUCUCCUUGGUGAGCAUAUUAGUUUAUAUACAAAUGAGCAAAUAAUUAUGUCUGAAUAUACCAAUAAUAAACCUGUAAACAAGUUUUGUUUUUCCUGUAAAAAACACUUCAAAGGUGAUGUCUGAUUAAUGUACAUGUAUUUUUAAUGGAGUAGUUCAAUAACAUGGUUAAACCAAAAUAUAACUUGAAAAGGAAUUAAAUUGUUGUAAUAUACAUUAAUUUGAUGGAAAAACCAUUAUUAAAAGAAAACAAAGUU